UGGCAUUUAAACCCAUGCCGGGGGCUGCGGGCUUCGGAUGCGGAUGCUGAGCUGUCCGCCGGCUGGGCAAGGCCGUGGCAUCUCCUGAGCCACCCGGCUGGGCUGGAGCCGAGCUGAAGCAUCCCCUAACUGUAGCUGGGUCAGAGCAGGGGUGUUCUGGGGAGCAGAUCGCAGACCCCAGCAUCUGGCAGUUUAAUUACAGGUUUGACUUUAAUUUCCAAGAUCGCAACCUUCCUGCCCAGCCCCGAUAUUUUUCCUCCCUCCGGCUGUGGUUACUGGAUGAGCAGGCGCUGGGCUUGGUCGCAGGAGCUUGAGAAGAGCUCAUUCUCCGCCCCACGACGUUGCUUCAGGGACCUCCGAGCCGCGAGCUCCAGUCAUGGUGCGGCUGAGCCCAGAGCGCCGGUGAGUGAGGCGGCAGCGCGGUUCUGAGUCCAGCGGGCACGCCCUGAGGGGCAUCUUUCCCGGGGAGCCAAGGGCGCCAGGGCACAGGGCUUCGCGCCCUCCUGCCGGGGCUGCGUGCGCGCUGGGGGUGAGCAGCAGCCGCGAUGUUCAGCUGGCUGGGUUCCGACGACCGCAGGAGGAAGGACCCUGAGGUCUUCCAGACUGUGAGCGAGGGGCUCAAAAAACUCUACAAGAGCAAGCUUCUACCUCUGGAAGAACAUUACCGUUUCCACGAGUUUCACUCGCCCGCCCUGGAAGAUGCCGAUUUCGACAACAAGCCUAUGGUCUUGCUGGUGGGCCAGUACUCCACUGGGAAGACCACUUUCAUCAGGUACCUGCUGGAGCAGGAUUUCCCUGGCAUGAGGAUUGGGCCCGAGCCGACCACCGACUCCUUCAUUGCGGUGAUGCAGGGCGAGGUGGAGGGGAUCAUCCCCGGGAACGCCCUGGUGGUGGAUCCAAAGAAACCCUUCCGGAAGCUCAACGCCUUUGGCAAUGCCUUCUUGAACAGGUUCGUGUGCGCCCAGCUGCCCAACCCCGUGCUGGAGAGCAUCAGCGUCAUCGACACGCCAGGGAUCCUCUCCGGGGAGAAGCAAAGGAUCAGCCGAGGAUAUGACUUUGCCGCUGUCCUUGAGUGGUUCGCUGAGCGGGUUGACCGCAUCAUCCUGCUUUUUGAUGCCCAUAAGCUGGACAUCUCUGAUGAGUUCUCAGAAGUCAUCAAGGCCCUCAAGAACCAUGAGGACAAGAUGCGGGUGGUGCUGAACAAGGCCGACCAGAUCGAGACCCAGCAGCUGAUGCGGGUGUAUGGGGCUCUCAUGUGGUCCCUGGGAAAGAUCGUGAACACCCCAGAAGUGAUCCGAGUCUACAUCGGCUCCUUCUGGUCCCACCCGCUUCUCAUCCCCGACAACCGGAAGCUCUUUGAGGCUGAGGAGCAGGACCUGUUCAAAGACAUCCAGAGUCUGCCCCGAAACGCUGCCCUACGUAAGCUCAAUGACCUCAUCAAGAGAGCCAGGCUGGCCAAGGUCCACGCCUACAUCAUCAGCUCUCUGAAGAAGGAGAUGCCCUCCGUGUUCGGGAAGGACAACAAGAAGAAGGAGCUGGUGAACAACCUGGCCGAGAUUUACAGCCGGAUCGAGCGGGAGCACCAGAUCUCACCUGGGGAUUUUCCCAACCUGAAGAGGAUGCAGGACCAGCUGCAGGCCCAGGACUUCAGCAAAUUCCAGCCCCUGAAAAGCAAGCUGCUGGAGGUGGUGGAUGACAUGCUGGCCCACGACAUCGCACAGCUCAUGGUGCUGGUGCGCCAGGAGGAGACGCAGCGGCCCGUCCAGAUGGUGAAGGGUGGAGCGUUCGAGGGCACCCUGCACGGCCCCUUUGGGCAUGGCUACGGGGAGGGGGCCGGGGAGGGCAUCGAUGACACCGAGUGGGUCGUGGCCAAGGACAAGCCCAUGUACGACGAGAUCUUCUAUACCUUGUCACCCGUGGAUGGCAAGAUCACGGGUGCCAAUGCCAAGAAGGAGAUGGUGCGCUCCAAGCUGCCCAACAGUGUGCUGGGCAAGAUCUGGAAGCUGGCUGACAUCGACAAGGACGGCAUGUUGGAUGACGAGGAGUUUGCACUGGCCAACCACCUCAUCAAGGUCAAGCUGGAGGGGCAUGAGCUGCCCAACGAGCUGCCCGCCCACCUCCUGCCCCCAUCCAAGAGGAAAGUCGCCGAGUGAUGGGAGCAGGGGGAGAUGCAGAGCGGGCAGGUGUUACAGGAAAUGGGAGAGGCAAUCACAGACACACACACACACACACACACA